UAUUUUUUUUUCAUCUCUCUUCGUAUACCCUAAAAAAAAAAGGAACCCUUGCCCGAGGAAGAAAAAGUAGAAGUAUAUGGACACAAAAAUAGAAUGAAAUAAAAGGAAAAAAGGAAAAAAAAAACAUAAAACGCUCAGUAUCUCCGGCUAGUGGAAACCGGACCUCAAGAUCAAAUUAGGGCGCAAAGCACUGUUGGAGACAGAAGCCAUGGGGAGGAAGAAACUUGAAAUCAAGCGAAUUGAGAACAAAAGUAGCCGACAAGUUACCUUCUCUAAACGACGCAACGGUCUCAUCGAGAAAGCUCGUCAGCUUUCCGUUCUCUGUGACGCAUCCGUCGCUCUUCUUGUCGUCUCCGCCUCCGGGAAACUCUACAGCUUCUCCUCCGGUGAUAACCUGGUCAAGAUCCUUGAUCGAUAUGGAAAGCAACAUGAUGAUGAUCUUAAAGCCUUGGAUCGUCAGUCAAAAGCUUUGGACUGUGGUUCACACCAUGAGCUACUGGAACUUGUGGAAAGCAAGCUUGAGGAAUCAAAUGUCGAUAAUGUAAGUGUGGGUUCCCUGGUUCAGCUGGAGGAACACCUUGAGAACGCCCUCUCCGUAACAAGAGCUAGGAAGACAGAACUAAUGUUGAAGCUUGUCGAGAACCUUAAAGAAAAGGAGAAGUUGCUGGAAGAGGAGAACCAUGUUUUGGCUAGCCAGAUGGAGAAGAGUAAUCUUGUGCGAGCCGAAGCUGAUAAUAUGGAUGUCUCACCAGGACAAAUCUCCGACAUCAAUCUUCCGGUAACGCUCCCACUGCUUAAGGGGGGGUUAGUGGGAGUGGAAUUUUUAUAGAGUUGGUUGAUUCUAAAAGUCAAGAGAUUUGUUAAAUUUGUAAAGAGUUAUAAAGAGUAUUUCAUAUUUUAAGAGUUUAUGAAAAUGUUCUAAUUCAAGGAUUUUAAGAAUCUAGAGGAAAUAUGCAAGAUUUUUGAAGUUUUGUUUUAUGAGUAAAAUUAUCUAGAAUUCAAUUCCCAAUAACUCUAGAUUUGAUGAAAACUUAGAAUCAUUAAAAACCAAACUUUUUGAAUAACAAGAGAUUUUGUAAGUCAUUAAACAAUCAUCAAACCAAUAACACUAGAUUUUAGUAAGAAUCUUAGAAUCCACCAACCAAUAACAAUAGAAUUU